AUCGAUGUAUUCUCGUAUAAACCACCUCACCUAUAUCCAGACUUCACCCAUCCAGCCUACCCAAGGUCGACAUUUGGCACCCCUAGCCCGAUCAAGGUCACACCGCCUAUCCGCCCUCUUCCAUCCCAUCGUUUGUUCUCUCUCCAACCUUCUACGAUUAGCAUACAAUGGGGACUGAGGGCCUCAUCGGCUACAUCCUCCGAAACAAGCAGCGGAAGGCCAUGUAUAACCAAUGGGACUCUUAUCCCCGGGGUCAAGGUUACGCAAUAGCCUUAUUCAUCUCUCGCCUAUCUCACGAGCAAGCCAAAGAGAUGGCGGACCUGGUUGAGAAUAUUGAAGCAAGCAAUUUCAAAAACAAAUGUCAGAUUCAUUUCUCACAAAACUUGUAGUGGAUUGAGGAUAUGACCGUGGACAUCCCCAAAGAUAUACAGAAACGAUAUCUAGCCUUUGACGGCAUUUGGAAACACAAGCAUCCUUACGGUGGACCGGAGCACUGGCAUGAUGAAUGGGCUUGGAACCCAAAGCUGUCAGAGAAGGAAAAGAGCCAAAUAAUUGAAGAAGAAAUAGAGGAGGCGAGAAAAAUGUUGGAAGGCCUCCCCUCAAAAGAAGGAUACGAGGUUUUGAGAGACAACAUGCGAGACGACUACUAUGUCGAGAACAUUGAUAAUUGGUUUGGCGUCUUGGCCGGAGCAGAUCUUGGACACAGAGCGCUACGGUUCAUCCAAGAGGGAAAACUCAAACAUCUGAUCGAUAUGACUGGCUACACGGAGAUGGAGUGCGAUUGGUCAUACUAUAUCGACUUUGACCACGAAAAGAUGGAAGUUUGGUUGGGUAGUUCGCGCCUGGUGAGAGAGGUGACUUUUGACACGUUGCGAGAGGAUCCAGAAUAUAUGUGCAAAGCCGACUUUUCAUUGUGGCAUGGUGAGAAGACGAAGGAGAAAAGGAGAAGGAAGACAAACAAGCCUCGAUCCCACUAUUAGCCUUAUCGACAAGUAGCAUCUCUCCUCUCUUCGAUGUAUCAACUUGAUUUUGUUCAUA